CAUCUUGUGGCCGAAACGGUCACAGCGCUUGCAUUGGUUUAGAAAAAAAGAAACACGCUUGUGCAAAAACUACUUUUGUACAAAGUACUUCCGGUGGGGUCACGGACUAGCUUUUCUGAGCGGAUUUUUCCCGUGUUCGCCGACGGCUGUUUUCCUCCCAUGUGAGCGUGUUCUCGUAGUUUCUGCGUUUCUCCUGUAAAUAUUUUUCAUUAACAGCCGCUUUCCUCAAACCGCUCACUCUCUGCACGACUUUACGACGCGCUUAGACAAGCGAGGCAAAAGAGGAAGCAAUAGCCAACCAUCUUUCGUCUCCUGCCAGCAAUAACAAGACAGCGACGAGGCUAGGUUCAAGUGGAGCUUCUGUAGUUUGUGAUUUAUUGUCUGUUUUAUACAGGAUAGAGGACUUGGGUUUAACCUCUCCGCGUUAAGGCAGAUAAAAGCUCUCGGACGCUGAGCUUUUCCCCCCUCCCGGCGACCCUGGAAGUUUCCGAUCAGAAGACUGACUGUUAAGAAUUAGUAUUCCCGUUUUUUCAUGUUUCCAACAGGUUUAUCUUCCCCUAAUCCCCCACCACCGCCAACCCAGGAGGCUAGACCCGCGGCUACUGAUGUCAAAACCGACAGCGGUAACAUCACAUCUACGAAAAAGAGGAAAAUAAACGGCUCCGAGAGGGAAGACACUAGUGACACGAUCUCCUCUUCGCCUCCAAAGACCCUGAAUUCCUCCUCCUCCUCCUCUUCCUCUUCCUCUCCCACUCCGCUGCACAUUCAGAAGAAGUUGAGGUUUGAGGAUUCAGUGGAUUUCAUUGGACUCGAUGUGAAAAUGGCUGAGGAGGCUGCUGCUGCUGCUUCGUGCUCCAAUAACAAAAGCAAAGCCAUGUUCCUGCCCGGCGGCGUGGGGCACCACGCAAACGGACUGACGAAAACUGCAGGAUCCACCACCUUCUCCAACAGUAAACCCGGUGCUGCCAAGAAACUAGUCAUCAAGAACUUCAGAGAAAAGCCCAAAUUGCCCGAGAACUACACGCAGGAGACCUGGCAGAAGCUGAAGGAGGCAGUGGAGGCCAUACAGAACAGCACGUCAAUCAAAUACAAUCUAGAGGAGCUCUACCAGGCUGUGGAAAACCUCUGCUUCCAUAAGAUCUCCGCCAAGUUGUACAAACAGCUGAGGGCCGUGUGUGAAGACCACAUCAAGGCACAAAUCGAUCAGUUCAGAGAGGAUGCCCUGGACAGCGUGCUUUUCCUGAAGAAAAUUGACAAGUGCUGGCAAGAUCACUGUAGACAAAUGAUCAUGAUUAGGAGUAUAUUCCUGUUUUUGGAUCGCACCUACGUUUUACAGAAUUCCAUGCUGCCAUCGAUUUGGGACAUGGGUCUGGAGCUGUUCCGGUUCUACAUCAUCAGCGAUCUGAAGGUUCAGAGCAAAACCAUCGACGGGAUUCUGCUGCUCAUUGAGAGGGAGCGAAACGGCGAGGCGAUAGACCGCAGUCUGCUGAGGAGCCUGCUGAGCAUGCUCUCUGACCUUCAGAUUUAUCAAGAGUCCUUUGAGCAACGCUUUCUGGAGGAAACUAAUCGACUGUACGCUGCAGAGGGACAGAGGCUGAUGCAGGAGAGAGAGGUGAUUUAUAUAACCUCAUACUCGGAACACGUUAACAAGCGCUUGGAGGAGGAGGCUGACAGAGUCAUCACGUACCUAGACCAGAGCACACAAAAACCGCUCAUCGCUGCUGUGGAGAAGCAGCUGCUUGGUGAACAUCUCACGGCAACUCUGCAAAAAGAUGGCAACGGGACUAUCAGUAUGCAACUGAAUAGAUAUAUGCAGUGCCAAAACAUUCCCGGCAAUAUCGAGCUGACAGUGAAUAUCCUCACUAUGGGCUACUGGCCAACGUACGUCCCUAUGGAGGUGCACCUGCCACCUGAGAUGGUGCGACUGCAGGAGAUCUUCAAGACUUUCUACCUGGGCAAACACAGCGGCAGGAAGCUGCAGUGGCAGUCGACGUUAGGCCACUGUGUCUUAAAAGCUGAAUUUAAAGAGGGCAAGAAGGAGCUGCAGGUGUCACUUUUCCAAACUCUUGUCUUACUGAUGUUUAAUGAGGGAGAGGAGUUCACCCUGGAAGAGAUCAAAGUGGCAACAGGAAUAGAGGACAGUGAGCUACGGCGGACUCUUCAGUCACUUGCAUGUGGUAAAGCACGUGUCCUCACCAAAAUCCCAAAAAGCAAAGAUGUAGAAGAUGGGGACAAGUUUUCCUGCAAUGACGACUUCAAACACAAGCUGUUCAGGAUCAAAAUAAACCAGAUCCAGAUGAAAGAAACAGUGGAGGAGCAAGCCAGCACCACGGAAAGAGUCUUUCAGGAUCGUCAGUACCAGAUCGAUGCUGCCAUUGUGCGGAUCAUGAAGAUGAGGAAGACUCUGACCCAUAAUCUUUUGAUGUCUGAAGUGUACAGUCAGCUGAAGUUCCCCGUCAAGCCUGCUGACUUGAAAAAGAGGAUAGAGUCUCUUAUUGACAGGGACUACAUGGAGCGUGACAAGGAGAACUCCAACCAGUACAACUAUGUGGCUUAGAUGAAAGAAAGGUGGAUGCAGGUGGUCCAGUCAGGAUGAAAGCCGUUCUGAGUGCUCGGUCUCUUAAAUCGUCUGCUCCAGUGGAAGUUAUCCAUUAUCAUCUUCAACCCAGCGACCGACAACUGAAUGGCUAUAGCUCCACAGGGUUUUUCGUCAGGGGUCUUGUGAUCCUGUGGACUGCAUGCCUAUUGAAAAGAGAAUAUUGUCCAUAUUUGUCAGUGCCUCUGAGAGAGCUGGGACAAAGAAGACACACAGAUAUUGUUCAGUUUGCUCUUCUUUUUUUUUUUUUAAUGGAGAGGAAAAGUAUUUAUUUUCAAACUUAGAUUCUUCUUUGUCCAUGGUUUGAAUCAAUAUGCUCUUUGUUAUCAAGUCACUAUUUUUUUUUUCUUCCUUUUUGUUCACCCAGUAUCCCAGGCAAAUGCUAACACACCUAACAAUGCUCUAAAUGUACCACAUGUUUGAGAGAGAAAAAAGGAUAAAAAUUAAACUGAUGCUUGUUUCUUCUGUCAGUGUCAAAAGUGGGACUAACAUUUAAAGUAGGGAACUGGGAAUUUUGGGAAUUUCUGUGGCAAAUGUGUGAUCCUGCAUCAGCAAAGUUUUACAGUUUCAAGGCCAUGUAGCCCAGUGAUAUAGCUAUGUUUGUAAUCACACAAAAUGUGCCAAAAAUGGAGCACUUCUUGUUGUUAUAGGCUAUAAUGAAGCUGCUAAGGCAGCCCACUUGUAUAAGUAAACACAUUUAAGUUUCUCUUUUGUUUUUUCUUUGAAGGUCAUUUUUGUACAUGCACCACAAAGCAUUUUAAAUAAUCUGACAUGGCAGUCCACUUUGUGUUAGGUUUUUGAUGACCCUUAGUAAAAGCACAAUACGAUGAGAGUCCACAUUCAAUGUCAUUACUACACACUUUUUUUUUCUUAAGUCUCCCUAUGAGGCUUACUGAAAAGUGGAUGGAAAAUGCCUCAACAUAUGAGGCAGACAAUGAUUGAUCAGAUAUGCCGUUGUUUGUAUGAGUCUGUUAGAUUUCUUCAGAUUAAAAUAACUGUCUCAGUG